AUGCACCCGGCCGCCUCUAUACUUGCCGAUAAUGUCGUCAAAUACCACCACCUGCUCGCCCCGCUACUUUACAGCGUCCUCGCGACCGUCGCAAACGUCCACACACCGAUUCAGCAUUCGCUUCUCAUAACAACGAUAUCAUGGCUGAUAGUAUGGGUGCCGACUGUCUUCUGGGUGGGGAUAUAUUCAAAUAGCGAUAGGCCUAAGAGGAAGACGAGCUGGCUGGCUGGUGCGUUGUUAGGUCUGUCUGCAAUAUGCGACCGCGCAGCAUGCGAUACGCAGGGCAUUAGGGCGACAAAGGUUCUCAUUCCCUUCUUUACCGUCCUCUUCUCCGAGAACGAAUUGGUCGCAAGACAACUAGCCCUACCUACCUUCACCAUCCUCGAUGGUCCCGCAGCCGAGACGAAGGCCCCCCCGGAGCGACAGCCUCAUACUGAAUCACACGGGAUAUUGGCAGUUCUGGUUGUCUCUGCGAGUGCUGUUCUUGGCAUCUACGCAGUUCCUACGACUGUUGCUCUCGGUCUGAGUAGUGCCAUUUUCGCUGCCACUGGGCUCGUCUUGUUCGAGUCCACUAUACGAGCCGCAACAGAAGAGAGCGAAAGCAGCAGGCGCGGGCUUUUGUCGGCGAAUGGAAGCACCUCGCGGCAUGCAUCGAUGAGCGGUGCUUCGAGGACACAACGACUAGCUGCGCUAAGAGACGUCGCUGUGGCCAUCGCAGUCGUAUGCGGUGUCGCAUCCAUCCUUACCGAAUCCUCCCUGACUGCAAGCACAAUAUCCUGGGAGCCUGUGUAUAGAGAGUAUAACCGGGAAUGGAGAGAUGUGCACAACUUUCGCAUUCUCCAGCGCUUCCUGUGGAUGUUGCCUGUUCAAUCCACUGUAAAUGUUCUUAUUUUCGUACUGAUCUCUCAAUACGGUGCCGUACAUACGUCUCUAUUAGUCGUUUUUUCACAUAUUAUUGCGAAACUACACCUUGCGUCAACCUUUUCCACCAUUUUGUUUACUCUCAUUUACGGCGCGGCGGCACUCGUAUACUUUUUUGAUUCGCCUGAUUCUCCCAUAGUCAUGGAUAUGCGACGGUCCAUGCGAUUGCGACGUUUUGUUUUCUUGGUCGUGGCGCUUGCGGUGGGCUCUUUACUUCUUGGACGUCUGGAUGGGUCACAGACUUAUCGACCCAUCGCCGAUAGUGUUGGUACUAUCCCCCUUUCCCAGCCUGAGAAACCACUUGGUCCGGUGCCGAUCGACAUGAGCAAAGGUCAUCCGGCUGCGCAGUUAAUCGACGCUGCAGAGGCAGACUUCCAAAGCAUCCUCAACCGACAAUCGAAAUCUCUUACUGAUGCUGUUCGGGAAUAUCGACGCAGGAAUGGAAUAUCACCUCCUCCCCAUUUUGAUAAAUGGUUCGAAUUCGCGACGCGGAAUGGAGUCGUAAUGAUAGACGAGUACGAUACCAUUAAUGAGAUGCUGCUACCGUUCUGGGCACUCAAACCAUCCACGAUUCGAUCGCGCAUCGCGAAUGCGUUAGGUCACGAGGAUAGCUCACUACUUGCGAUUGCAGUACGCCAUGGGGCCGUAGAGAACUUCCAAGGUGGCGACGAAUGGCAACAACAGGCUACCAUUGGCAUGAUGAAGCAGUUCGUGCAAUACCUGCCCGAUAUGGAUCUAGGCUUCAACCUUCAUGAUGAACCGCGAGUCAUCGUACCCAACAAUCUCAUGUCAUCCAUGGUCGCAAAGGUGAGGGAUGAAAUCCUGCCACGCACUGCGAAGAACAUCACACCGCGCAAUGGCUUUUCAGCCCGUCCCGAUGACCUGAGUGACGGUACAAGAUUUGCCGAGGUCAGCACGACCAAGUUCAAUCGUUUUGCACAUCAGCAGACAUGGACGCAUUCGCGGCUAUCAUGCUCUCCUGGAACUCAAGCCCAAACAUUCGAAGACUAUGCCGCUGAUAACCUCACAUCGUAUGCUACCAGCGACCUUGGAUUUAUCUACAACGCGACUGCCUUUUCCGAUAUCUGUAACUCGCCGUCAUUCUCCUCAACGUACGGAUUUUUCGAACGUCCCAAUGCCUUCAGCAUCAUCCAUGAGCUCACACCCGUCUUCUCACAGUCGAAGAUCUCCAGCUUCCAGGACAUCUUGUACCCCAGUCCAUGGUACUGGAUAGGUAAGGUAGGCUACGAUGAGGCCCAUGACACGACAUGGGAGAACAAGACAAAUAGCCUCUACUGGCGCGGCUCCACAACAGGAGGCUUCAGUCGCAACGGCGGCUGGCGACGUCAACACCGCCAACACGUCGUCCAACGCCUCAAUGCCCUCGAUACCGCCAAAGUCCUCGAACCCGUCUCCAACUCCCCCAACUCCAACAGCCCUGCCACCUCCUAUGCCGUAACAGAAAUCGAGCGCAAAGCCCUCAAAGACCUCAUCGACGUCCACUUCUCCCACAUCGGCCAAUGCGACCCAGGAGACUGCGACGCGCAACAAGAAUUUUUCGACGUAACCGAACGCGUCGACGGGCAAGAUGCCUGGUAUUACAAGCACCUUCUCGACAUGGACGGCAACGCCUUCUCCGGCCGCUUCUACAGCUUCCUCAAAAGCCGCAGUCUGACCUACAAAAUGGCGCUUUUCCGCGAAUGGCACGCCGAGUGGUUACGCCCUUGGGUUCACUAUAUCCCACUAUCUCUUCGUGGCGACGAACAUCUCGACCUUGUCAGGUGGUUUAGCGGGACAAAGGUUUUUGAUGACGAUGGGGAUGGGAAGGGGAGAGGAAUAAUGCUGAUGGCAGCAAGAAGGGCGGCAAUGGGGAGUGAGGGGGAAAGGAAGGCUAGGAUUAUUGCGAAGAGGAGUUCUGAGUGGCAUGGUAGGGUGUUGAGGAACGUGGACUUUGAGGUUUGGUUCUUUAGGUUGUUGUUGGAGUAUGGAAGGGUGGUAGAUGAUGCAAGGGAGGAGAUUGGGUUUCCGGGGCCGUAG